CCAGACUCCGCCUCUUUCUCCUUCUCCAGCGCGAGCCGCGGAUGAGGCGCACGAGCGGCCACUCGCGCGACACUUUUCUCUCGCGCCCAGUCAACGGAUUCACACAGCCGAGUAACGGGAACGGACUCCGGGCUUCUGUGGACCGCUAGACGGUGACGCUGUGCCUUACAGCCAGCAUACAGGACUAUGAAGGUGGCACCAAUCUCCAGUCUACAGCACUUGAACCUGGGUAGAUAGGACCGAAGAAUCCAACAUGAGGACUUUUAUGGCGUUCCUGUUAUGGGCAUGGGCUGCCCACAGCGUGGACGCCAUGUCGCUUUCAAGAGGAAAGGAAGCAUCCCGGCAAGAGAGGAACACAGAGAUUCUGAAGCGAUCCAAGCGAGGAUGGAUGUGGAAGCAGUUCUUCCUGCAGGAGGAGUACACCGGCAGUGACCAUCAGUACAUCGGCAAGCUUCACUCCGAUAUGGAUCGAGGUGAUGGCACAGUGAUGUACGUCCUGACCGGAGAAGGUGCCGGAACCAUCUUCGUGAUAGAUGCAAACUCAGGUGAUCUGCACGCCACACGCAGCCUGGACCGAGAAGAGAAGCCGUAUUACACGCUCCGAGCUCAAGCCGUCAACAAGAUGAACGGCCAGCCCCUAGAACCCGAGACCGAGUUCAUCGUCAAACUCCACGACAUCAACGACAACGAGCCCAAGUUUGAGAAGGAGGUUUACACGGGUAGCGUCCCCGAGCGGUCGCACAUCGGAACUUCGGUUAUACAGGUGACAGCCAACGACGCAGACGACGAGAUGUUUGGCAUGAGCGCAAAACUGGUCUACAGCAUCAGCCAGGGUCACCCUUACUUCUCCGUCGAGUCAAACACAGGCAUAAUCCGGACAGCCUUAGGGCCCUCAGACAUGGACAGAGAGCAGAGGGAGCAUUACCAGGUAGUGAUCGAAGCCAAGGACAUGGCAGGCCAGAGAGGCGGCUUAACAGGCUCCACUACAGUCAACAUCACGCUGACUGAUGUGAACGACAAUCCUCCUCAGUUUGCCCAGAGUGUGUAUCAGUUCAGUGUUCCCGAGCUGAGUGAGCCCGGUGCCAUAGUGGGUCGGGUUAUAGCUACGGACGCCGACAUUGGGCUGAAUGCAGAGAUGGACUACACGUUGGUGGGUGGAGACGGCCUGGAUGCUUUCUCGAUAAGCGCCAACAAAAGCACGCAGAACGGCAUCAUCAGCGUCAGAAAGCCUCUCGAUUACGAGAAAAAGAAGUCGUACACGCUGCAGGUGCAGGUACGCAACACGUACCCGGACCCGCGCUUCGUCAGCGUAGACGCUAAAGACAUGGCUACGGUGCGCAUCAACGUAGAGGACAUGGACGAGCCACCGAGGUUCGAGCGUCUGAGUUACAGGAUGGAGGUGAAAGAGGACGCGGCUGUGGGCACCGUCAUUGGGUCGGUCAGCGCCGUGGAUCAGGACGCACGCCGCAACCCCGUCAAGUACACAAUUGAUCGGCACACAGACGUGGACCGGAUAUUUAACGUGCACGCCGGGAACGGGUCUAUAUUCCUGCAGAAGCCUCUCGACCGAGAAGACCUCGCGUGGCACAACAUUUCAGUGAUCGCAGCCGAAUUCAAUAACCCCCAGCAGACGAGUCGAGUGCCCGUGUACAUCCGUGUGCUGGAUGUGAACGAUAACCCACCGGCGCUCGCCUCCUUCUACGAGACCUUCGUGUGUGAAAACGCUAAAUCCGGUCAGAAAAUCCAGACAAUAACAGCAGUGGAUCGGGACGAGCCUCAAGGAGGCCAUCGCUUCUUCUUCUCGCUGGCACCGGAGAGCUCGGUGAAGGCCAACUUCUCAGUGCAAGACAAUGGAGACAACACUGCAGGGAUCUACACACGACGGACAGGUUUCCGGCAGGUACAGAAAAGCUUGCACCUGGUCGCCGUGGUGAUUUCGGAUGGCGAAUUUCCCAUGAUGAGCAGCACGGGAACACUGACGGUGCGAGUGUGUACCUGCGACCGAGAUGGAAACAUGGAGAUAUGCAACGCCGAGGCUCUGAGCGGCACGGCCGGACUUAGCACCGGAGCGCUGGUGGCUAUUCUGCUCUGCGUGCUCAUCCUGCUUCUGAUCGUUGUGCUGUUUGCUGCACUGAAGCGCCAGAAGAAGAAGGAACCUCUGAUCAUCUCCAAAGAGGACGUCAGGGACAACGUGGUGAGCUACAACGACGAGGGCGGCGGUGAGGAGGACACGCAGGCCUUCGACAUCGGUGCUCUGCGCCACCCGGAGGUCAUGGAGGAAAGCAGCAAACUGAGACGUGACGUGGCGCCAUCUGAUCCUCCGUACCCUCCACCUCCGCUCCGCCGCAUGGCUGUGCCAUCCCGGGACAACUCGGACGUGAGGAACUUCAUCACACAGCGCGUUCAGGAGCACGACAGCAGCCCUGCGGCACCACCCUACGACUCUCUGGCCACAUACGCCUACGAGGGCGAGGGAUCGGUCGCCGAAUCGCUCAGCUCGCUCGGCUCCGGAUCGUCUGAAUCGCCGCAUGACUACAGCUACCUGAACGAAUGGGGGCCACGCUUCAGAAAGCUGGCCGAUAUGUACGGGGCUGACGACAGCGAAUGGGACUCCUAACACGCCUAACUCAGCUUCCUUCGAGCGGAAUUCUUACGCAGCGUUGCAUUUCUUACAAAGUGGAAUUCUUACAAAGUGUCCUUCUCCCUCGCCCAGCUCCAUCUGGCAGACGUCUCACGGAUGCCGAUUUUCUGCAAAGCAGACACUUUAAAACACGGAGGCGUCCCUUGACUUCUGCGGCUCUCUGGAACGAAGCCGGUCACGGCGAGGCCUACUUUAUGGAUAAUCCCACCUGAAAACUGACAUUUAGAAACAGCGUGCGGAAUACGGAUCCUUACAGACUCCUUCCCGAGAAACGCCUCGGCGCCGAAACCGACUGGUUUUUACGAAGGACCAAACUUUUUAGCGAGGUGUCUGAAGCUUAAGCGCUAAAAACGUCCGGCUCUCGCUUCACUCUGCCGGCGUCAUCUGUAUGCUUUUUUUUUUCAUUUCUGACCUUUUUUUUUUUUUUUGACUUUUUCAAUAUUACUUUUGACGUACACACAUCUGUCAGUGCUUCUCCGAGCAGACAUGGUGCUUCAGAAAUUUGGGUCGGGUAAAAGGUGUUUUGGUGAUUGGCACUCGUUUUCAUCAUCUACUGGAGAAAAUGCCAGAAGCUUCCAAUUAUCUACUCGCUCAUAGGCAGGAAAUGUGACUCGCAUUUUUGGCACACAUCUCCACUACAUCCCUCCAUCUUACAUCCCUACACACCAGAAGCCUAUUUACAAAACCACCUCGUGCUAAACAAAAACUUACGCCUUCCUUUCCAACAGCGUCCAGUUAUAUUUUUUAAGAGGAAAGAAAACCGACAGGAUGAUCGACCCCUGCCCUUGUUUUUUUCUUCCCCUACAAGUAUUACCCCCGGCGUAUGCUGUGCGUGCUAAUAACCACGUCCGUGUACUGUUCCUCUCCUCUUUCUGUGCUGUUUUUUCUUCAUCCCCUCUCUCCGAAUGAUAAUCGCAGCGCUCCCGUGUUGAGUUAUGACUGGGAUGUUAAAAUAAAUCACCGCCCUUAUAUUUUUGCCCUCUGCGCCAGCCACAAAAAUGAGUCUGGAAUUGGAUUCGCCGCCUCCGUUAUGGAGGGGAUGAAAAGAGGCUCUUUUUUUUUAAAGAAUAUACAUAUGAUUGUAGUCGGCUUGCGAGGAGCGGGUAAAUAUUUGUGGUUUAGGCGUGCAGAGUUCACCUGCAAUAUUCCCGUGCUUUGUCAGUGAUAUACUGUAAAAUAAAGGUGAUGCUAACUCAUGUUGUACCAAAAAAAAAAAGAAAAAAACGUGGUUUAAUGAAACAAUGCGUGUGUUUUUUUUUCGGGAGACUAGAUGAUGUCCAUGUACUACUUUGCUUUGUGAUAUUUUGUACCAAAUAUUUAUAUUACAUAACACAACUAAAUAUUCUUGAAAACCGUCCAGCUGAUGUUGCUGUUUUCAGUGUGUUUCUGGAGCUGUGGAAACUCCAUGCAGUUCAUAUGAUGUACAGAUUUCCUCUUAUUACAAUAAAUGUUUUCUUUUACAGAA